AGCUGCUAAAGUGGGCGUUAAGUUGAUGUAUGAGACGCGGUGAGCGACAUGAACGCCCUCCCUCCGCCUCCGACCCCACCCGUUUUAUUUCCAUUCUCUCAAGUCACAACUUGACCAAACUUUGUGUUGCUGUAAGCAUGUUGAGAAAUGAAGCAGGAAUGUACAGAGGGCGGGGCUGCUCUUUUAAACCGCUGUAACACACACGGAGAGCGGCUGUCUGGGAACUCUUCUUGCUUUUUUUCAUUGUUUUCUGUGAUGUGAUUGAAGCCCACCAGAGCAGAACUAUGAGUGAAAACGACAUCCUGGAGAUGGACUCUCUGUCUGACACCGAGGAGGAGCGGGGUGAUGCAGAGUUGGGCAUGAUAGACGAGGAAGUGGUUUACCCUGAAGAGUUUUUACCAACAUAUCACAGUAUUCGAGAAGGAGCGAAAGUAGACAAAGCACAACAGGCAGAGUUUAACGGCAAACCCGACUCCUUGUUCUUCAAUGACGGCGUGCGGAGGAUUGACUUUAUCCUGGUGUAUGAAGAUGAGGACAAGAAGGACUUUGAGAAAAGGCACACAUUCGCAAGGCGCUUGAGACGGCGAGAGUACUUUGAAGCCAGCCUCAUGAAGAUGGGCGUGGAGUUGGAGGCCACACCAUCUGUAGUAGAUGACAAACUCACGUUUUUGAAAAUUCACAUGCCAUGGGACGUGCUGUGCACCUACGCUGAGGUCUUGCACAUCAAGCUCCCCAUCCAGGUCAAUGACCUGUCCUCCCGCCCAUCACCGUGGCGAUAUCUCUCCUGGAUCGCGAAGCCCUUCUAUCCCAGUGAAGACCUGAUCAGAAAGGAGACCGAGUUCUUCACUGCCCCCUUUGAGAAAGACCGUCUGGAGUAUUUCUAUGUCAAAGACAGAGAUAUUUUCUUCACUCCAUCAAUGAGGAGCAGAAUGGCAUAUUACAUCCUGAGCCGAGCGCCCUAUGAAAUACGAGGGAGCAUAAAGAAGUUUGGCAUGAACAAACUGCUGGAUGGUGGAGUGUACAAAGCUGCCUAUCCCCUCCAUGAUUGCAGGUUUAAUGUCCGGUCCAGUGAAGAGGGCUGCCCUAAUGAGAGAUACCUGCUCUAUGAAGAAUGGGCUCAUCCCAAAAGCUUCUACAAAAUGCAACCACUCGACCUUAUACGGAAGUACUAUGGGGAGAAGAUCGGCAUUUACUUUGCCUGGUUGGGUUUCUACACAAUAAUGCUCACUCUGGCUGCUGCUGUGGGACUCGGCUGUUUCAUUUAUGGAUACACCACUAAAGAUACCAGCACCUGGAGCAACGAGGUGUGCGACCCUAAUAUAGGAGGAAAGUUGGUAAUGUGUCCACAGUGUGACUCAUGCAAUUACUGGCCGUUAAUCAGCACCUGUGACACUUCAAAAAAACUUUGCAUAUUUGAUAACUUUGGAACACUGGUGUUUGCUGUCUUCAUGGCAGUCUGGGUGACUUUGUUCCUGGAGUUCUGGAAGCGUUACCAGGCGGAGCUGGAGUACGAGUGGGACACUGUGGAGUUUCUUGAACAGGAAGAGCCACCUCGCCCAGAAUAUGAAGCCAAAUGUGUCUAUGAGAGGAAAAACCCCGUCACAGGGGUGAAAGAAAAAGUGCCAUAUACAGCCUGGGGACGAUGUGUUCGGGUGUCGAUAGGAAUGGGGACAGUCUUGUUCUGGAUUAUGUUGAUCCUGGCGUCCAUCGUGGCCAUCACUGUCUACCGCCUGGCCGUCUUCAUCACCUUCUCAACUAAACUCAGAAACACCGACCUGAAGGAUCUGGAGCCUUUAAAGGAGUAUGUGACGCCUCAGAUGGCCACUUCUGUCACAGCCUCAAUCAUCAGCUUUGUUGUAAUUAUGAUCCUCAAUGUUCUCUAUGAGCGAGUGGCCAUCUGGAUCACGGACUUCGAGCUUCCACGGACCAAGACGGACUACGAGAACAGCCUGACUCUGAAGAUGUUCCUCUUUCAGUUUGUCAACUAUUACUCCUCCUGCUUCUACAUCGCCUUCGCAAAAGGGAAAGCAGUUGGCUAUCCCGGGAAGCCUGUUUAUCUCCUGGGAGAAUACAGGAAUGAAGAGUGUGAUCCUGGUGGUUGUCUGAUUGAGUUGACCACUCAGCUCGCGAUCAUCAUGGGUGGAAAAGCCAUCUGGAACAACAUCCAGGAGGUCUUGCUACCGUGGGUGAAAAAUCUGAUCUUUCGCCACUGCAAUAGUGCAGCCUCAGAGAAAGUGAUUCCUCGCUGGGAGCAGGACUACCAGCUUCAGCCCAGUUCAAAACUAGGACUCUUCUAUGAAUAUCUUGAGAUGGUCAUCCAGUUUGGCUUUGUAACUCUGUUCGUGGCUUCCUUCCCUCUGGCUCCGGUUCUGGCUCUGAUCAACAAUCUGGCUGAGAUUCGGAUCGAUGCUUGGAAAAUCACCACUCAGUUUCGCCGCAUCGUGCCGGAAAAGGCGCAGGAUAUAGGAGCCUGGCAGCCCAUUCUUCAAGGCAUCGCCAUCUUGGCCGUGGCAACAAACGCCAUGAUCAUCGCUUUUACGUCAGACAUGAUUCCACGGUUGGUUUACUACUGGUCCUUCUCUGUGUACCCGUAUGGAGACCACCCUGACAACACCAUGGAGGGCUACAUCAACAGCUCCCUGUCUGUGUUCAACAUCAGUGAUUUCCACAGCAGUUCACUCGUCACCAACACUUCAAUACCCUCCAACUUCAGCAGUUCACUCGUCAACAACACUUCAAUACCCUCCAACUUCAGCACAUGCAGGUAUCGAGAUUUUCGCUUUCCUCCUGGACACCCCAGACAGUACGAGCACAAUGUCUAUUACUGGCAUGUGAAUGCUGCCAAAAUGGCUUUUAUAAUUGUUGUGGAGCACAUUGUUUACUUCACCAAGUUCAUCCUGUCCUACAUGAUCCCCGACGUCCCGUAUGCCGUCAAAGAGCAAAUCAAACGAGAGAAAUACUUGACCCAAAUCAUCCUCCAUGAGACCAACCUGAAGCUGGUGACCAGACGCUUGAAAAACGGCGACGAUGAGAUUCUGAGCAAUGAGGAGGCAAAAGUUACAAAGGAGGAGAUGGAGCUGGAUUUCUGACAAUCAAUACCGUGAACCAGUGACAAAGUGAAGACCUGAAACAAGACACAGACUGUGUUAUUAAAAGCAGACAGUAAAGUCUGAAACACUGAAGAGCUGCUGGAUAAACAAAGGAGAAACCACUGCUGACUGGUCUUCAUCUCUGCCUGCCUCAACCACUGCCCGCUGUCAUUUCUAAGAGGAAAGUUUUUCUAGUGAAAUUAGGUGAAAUAGUCCCAUCAGAUUUGUCAGAUCUGUUGCUGUAUUUUGUUAACACGCAGUAAUAGAAGGGAUGUUUUCUAGCUGACAGCACAGGAGUAGAAACAGAGUGAAACAGUUGAUAUGAACAUCUCCUGAACCACUUUAACAGCAGAUUACCACUGAUCUUGAGUUCAGUGUCGGCAUUAUUGAAUUUUAACCCUCUGAACUCCAAAUGCACCCAUUUUAUCUUUAAAAAAAUCGCCACAAUUACCCCAAUUCCAAGCCAAAAAAUAUAAACACUGAUUUUCAAGAACUGUGCAUUUGUGAUGUGAUGUGUCGUUUUUCUCAAAAUCACUUUAUUUUAUGUGCUUCAUUUCAAAAUUCACCAUUUCUUCUGAAUUUUUAUUUAAAAAAAUAAUGAUUCUGCACUCCUCAGUGCAACUGAAAAGCCAUUAUUGACUCAACUACAACAGCCUUGUUAGAAAAAUUCAGGGACGUUUCCCCUGAACAGCAGACUGUGUUUAUAAGAAGAAGAAAUGUAAAUAGAACAAUAUCUAUCAUAUAUAUGUAAAUAAUAUAGGUAUGAGUCACAAUUUUGUUCCAGUAUAGAAAAUGCAUAUACAUGUUGAUUCUAAUAUUUGUAAAAUAAUGAUGAAAUUCAAAUGUUUUUUAUAGUUUAUUGCAUUAUAAGGGCAUCAUACAGAGUUUUCCCUUCUAGCUGUGGUCGUUCUGUUUCCAUAGAGAUGCAGAACCACAAAAAUCACCAAGAAACCGUUUGAGGUUCAGAGGGUUAGACAAUUCAGAUUUAGCUUUUAAUAAUUUAACAAAACUUUGAGCACAACAGCAACUCAGCACUGACAUUCAGAGGAAAUAAAGUUUCAGCAGGUUGUUGAACCAGUCGGGUGUUUUAUAUAUUGAUGUUUACAACCAGAUGUUCAGCGGAAGAGUAAUGAGAAGCUUCACUGUAAUGCAGUUUGUCCCAACAGUGUCUACUUGCUAGUUUUGUUUCCAGACCUUUCAGCUCUACCACAUGGUCUUAAUCUGCAGAUGAACCAGCUGUUAGACUCCAUCUGUAGCCCUUCUAUGACUUCUAGUGUAAGAGUUAAAGCUCCAGACAAAGCCACGUAGUCCACCUUCAGUCUGUUUCUUUGUUAAACCGGUGGUUGUUUUUUACUUUAGUUUUAGGGCUGCAUUGUAUUUUCGUUUGGCGCUUCACUCCGUCUGUUCAGCCACACAUUGAGCUCAGAGCUUCCACUGUCAGGGCAUCGCUUUAGCCAUAAAAUAUCAGUAUUGCUAGAUGCAGAUUUGCACCACUUAUGAAUACACCGUUGGCUCUAAGAGCCGAGGUGAUCUGUCAAACAGCUCACGAUGAGAUUCCAGGAGUCAGACUGUACAUGAACUAACCUUUUCCUCGCCUGCUAACUAAAUGUGCCUCAGAUUAUACUCCUGAAGCAUUUUUUUUUUGUUGCUUAUGAGACAAUCAAGGAAAUAUGCCUGUUUGACUGUGGAAAACGUUUGAUAAGCAGUUUCAUUAUUAUGUCAGCUCAGCCUGUGUUUUUGUGUAAAUAAAAUAACGGCAUCUGUGUGAAGUAGAUGGUCGAGGAUGUGAUAGUCACAGUCUAUAUUCUGAGAUUAAACACGAUGCAGUUCU